AUGCCGUUCGUUGUCCUUAAAGCAACGGAUACCUCAAACACUUAUGGACGAAGUAAAGCAAGAAUCAAUAAGCAACUGUAUAUUAAUUGUUACAUUUUUAGAAGGUACCAACACACACCUAUGGAACGCUUAUAUCCCGAGGAUAUAACAAUAUAUAAGGAGUAUAAAGCCGGAAUAGGUAAUGCUGUUGUUCUAAAGACAAUUAUCAGUAAUCGUCCUUAUAGAAUAGCACACCUCGUUAAAGCCCAUGUGUAUUAUAACAGAUAUGAGAAUAAAACACCUUUAUUACUGGUUCUGUUCUUUGAUGGCCAUCAAAACGCCAUUAAUAGGUACUAUGUCCGUUCAGAUUUUGAUGAAGAUAUAAGAAGAUGGAUUAAAAAAGGGAUAGACACUCUGAGACCAUUGGAAAGCGAUGAUAUUGAAAAUGAAAUAUUGCAACCGCUUCUUAAGGAGAAUGACAGAAUUUCUGACCUGUUGACAUACCAAGUAGACAAAACUACGAGUAAAGAUAGUGAAACGUAUAAUGGUAAUAAGAUUCAAAUUAUUAAACGCGAAAAUGACCCUAGUCCUGGAUUUAAGAAAUACACACACAUUCCAGUAGGUAAGUACGCUAAACAUAAAGCUUGUGUGCUUUGCAACAGUCAAGUUUUAUUUUACUGGAAUACGAGUGACCGCCGUGGAUAUUCAGCUCAAAUCAGAGAGAUACAGAACAUUAAGAUCUGUAGUAUUAGUGUCUAUUAUAGCCCAAAGAUCAAAGAACCCUUGAUCAUCGAUAUUCUAAUGAGCGAUAAAGAUGGUGACAAGCACCUGUAUUAUUUCCGUAAAAUAUCUAAUAAUACUUUAUACUGGCAAUCAUUGGAUUCAAAAACCUUUAAUAAUUUUGUAAACCAAAGAGUUAAAACUGAGGACGUACACACAAGACUUACUGAAACUGGAAACAAAUUAUUAAAAAGUUGCUUGGAGAAAAUCGAGAGUAAUCUAACUAAAAUUUUAAUAAUUAUGGUCGACAGGACAAGUGAAUACUCAAAAAAUCAAGUUGGUACUCUCAAAGGUCAAGUUGGUAACAACCUGGAUUAUGUGCUCGCAAACGCUCACGGCACUGUGGCGGUGAAGGAAGUUUCUACUGAGUUCAACGCCUUGAGUUCAAAAGGUUAUGCCGUGUAUGAACACGAUUUUACCAGUGUUUCAAAGUCUUUACAACCUAAUGAAGCAUUAAAAAUUAAAUUUAUUGGAUCUAAAACAGAGAUGGUAACCCAGCAUAGUACCAUGGUAACCCUAAACCUCGAAUAUCAACUUAAAGGUGGAGGAUAUCGUUCUCAGUCGUUGUACAUCUCAGUUAUAACUAACACUGAUCGAAAAAACAAGUUUAAAUGGUAUAAACAUAACUGUGAUAAGAAUAUAACGGACAAGGCUUUCAGAUUGGGGUAUAAUGGGCAAUAUGCGACAGUUGAACCAGAUUCAUCCGAUUACCAAUUAAAUUACAGAGUUGUUUUAGUAUAUUUUGCUUAUGACUACCUUGAUGCGUUUAUUUUUGUGGCUUUUCCUAGUGAAAAAUCAAAUAAAAUAAGGAUCUUGAGUUAUUCGAAGUUUAAAUCAAAUGCUCUUACUGGAACUAUAAUAAAAAUGUCUGAACUGGAUCAAACGGAAUCAAAUACAAUGGCAUCCCUACCUAAGGGGUCAGUGCAUCAUAUUGAUUCUUCUCUAUUAAAGAAAUUACAAGAUGAGCAUGAAAAACUUAAAUCUGAAAUCUCCGGUUCAAUAGAACAAUUAUCCUAUGAAAUUAAUCAAAAUAAGUUUUACGUCUACUUAUACGGUCCUUAUUUGCAGCCACUGAUGAUCUGUUAUAACGAUAAAGCCUACACGAGAUUUUAUUUAAGUCAAAAUAGAAGUUCCUGGAACCUAGUCACCGGGAUAAGUAGUUGUAUGUGUAAGAAUGUGGAUUCGCAAGACACCUCUGAAACGAUUUUUGUUAAAUCUCUUAACGAAGUUGCAACUUCACUAAGUUUAAUACAUCCUAAGAAACCAGAUAAAGGUAAGGAGGUAGAAGAAGAGGAGGACGAUGAGGAAGAUCCAUCUAAGAGGCCACUCGUGAUGGAUAUUUCAAAAAUAAAAUCAGCAGAUUAUGAUUUUGACAGGAUUACAGUGACUGAAAACCAAACUUACUCCAAGUCUAACCUAUUUGUCUAUUGCACUCACACUCCAAAAGGUGAGGAUCCACUAACCAUUGACUCUUUAAUCACUAGUUCUCCAGUUAAUAAAACUAUAAAAUUGGAAGCUUCAACCAAGGCCAAAUAUGUGACCGUUUAUUUUAAUAGAUUUAUUCUGACUAAACCUCUCGUUUUAUGUAUUGGAACCGAUGAUGGAAAGGAGAAAUACUAUAAAGAUGUGAUAAAGCCUGGUGACUCCUAUUCCAUAUCACAAGACGCCAGUAUAUCAUCAGAUAAUUUGUUAGAUAAGUUAAUUGAUGAGAAUGAUAAACGUAACAGCACAUUUACCUAUCAAAUAGAUAAAACCAUAUUCACUGAUGGUAAAACUAGUAAAUAUGGCAAUGAAGAAAGUAUUACAGUUACCAAGGAAGAAAAGAGUUUAGGGUUCACAAUAUAUACUCAUAAACCAAAUAAAGCCCAGACAAAGUCAUCAUACAUUCUCCAGAAUAAAAAUUUAUUAGUUGGUAGGCUUAAGACACAAAUUGGCGAUGCAGAGGAUAGCCAUGGAAAAAGCUACAGCAGUGUUAAAGUGUAUUCUCUCACUAAGGAACCUGAUUUCCUGUUGCUUAUUGAAUUUAAUGGGUUAUUUACAUUUUAUUAUUCCUACAAAAGAGAUGAAAAGGGCCUAUAUUGGGGAAAGGAGGGAUUUAAUUACAAAAGUGAUUUAUCAAUAAAGGAAAAAUUGGAUGAAUUAAAUUACCCAUUGAAAAGUUCAGUAAUAAUAGAGAUAGAUGAGGGUUCUAGGCCUGAAGAGAAUGAGGAUACUGAAUAUGAAAUGAGACUUAUAGAAAAUAAACUUAAUCCAGAUGGAACUUAUGAAAAAAGUAUGUACAUCGAAGGAAAGCCCGUUGAAGGAGCAAAGAAAAUUAAAGCAACACAUCCUUCUAAAAUGUAUGAACCCAACCAAUGGCGUGAGUCUGGUUAUAAAUAUGUAAGCCAUGAGUUGCCUGAUUCCGGGUCGCUAUCUUCAUUGGGUAAAACUAAAGCAAACGUUGCCGGAGUAAGGCUGUUUAUAACUAAGACCGCUGUUAACAAACCAGAAGAGAUAUAUCUCUAUCAAAGUAACGAUGAUGUUAGGCUACCAAGGAAAAGACUCCGCCUAUACUAUCCUCCAACGACAACUUCAUCUUCGUCAUCGUUGAACAAGGUAUUUGUUUAUUUUUAUAAAGAAGAUACUAGACCUUUGUCAAUAUGUUACAACGGUAAACUGUAUAAAAGUAGAGACAAUAAAUUUACUGAAUGGAUUUAUGAUAAAACGGCUAAAUGUUAUCAGGCAUCCGAAGUGCUGAAUACAUUAAAGAUCGUUUACCAAAAAAUGAAAAGGAAAAUUACUUUCUCAAGUAGUGGGAAAGAUAAACACAUUGAUACAUACCUGAACAAAAGGUAUCAAAAUUAUAUGAGAGAUUCAUAUUCAGCUGAUUAUAGAAAGAGCUCAGAUGGACCAUAUGUAUUAUCUAAGGCUACUGUAACAAAAGGGUUAAGCAAUGUUACCAUUCUUGAUAAAUUGUUGGAUACAUUGGACGGGCACACAUUUGACAUGAUGUAUAAAUAUUACAAAAACAGUAGUACCAACCCUUUGGUGUUUGAAUUUGCUGAUGGGUCUGCGAAGACAUAUAUCGUAAGAAAAGAUCGUUUUAAAUACUGGUCAAUGGAAAAAAUUGGAAAUUUAGCAGCUGAAUUGUCAAAGAUAGAAAAGAGCAUCAACGAAACCACAGUAUAUGAAAUUGACAAAACAAGCUCUACGUACAACACCAAUAUCACAGUGAAGAAACACGAUAAUCAGCCAACAAAUGGGUUUAACAAAUACACCCAUUCACCCAAUCCAGGUCACACUUCAGGAAAAGUAGUAGUAUUAUACAACCUUGCCAAAUUAACAAAAAUCGACAGGGGAACCCCUAAGACUCUAACAGAAAUAGAAAGUAAACCAUAUCAAAGUGUUACUGUCUAUUUUGGAGAUAAAGCGAAAAAUGAAAGUAAACCUGCUCCCCUUGUUCUUGAAUUAACUACAUCUGGCACCGAUAAGAAACAUUAUAAGCACAAGUUGGAUAAGUCUGUGUAUAACUGGGAACCUCUGACAAUUCCUUCUCCCGAUGACAAUAAUAAACAAUUGAUAGAGGAAUUGAAGAAAACUGAAUUUGAGCUUGUUGAAUCAGUAGUGGUAUUAUUGGAAAAAACUGAUAAUGAAGUAUAUGGCGAUGAUGAAAUACAAAGUGCAAUGAGACAGCACGAUCCUCCCAAACAAUUUAAUUUGGCCGGCAUAGAUCGUAGAAGCAUAAGAGUUAGUGAUAAAACAGGCAGUGAGGCUAAAUGUAUAAGUGAUUUUGGAUAUAAGGCCUGUGAGCACGAUUUGAGUACAUGUUUUAAAGGCUCCAAAAACUAUGGCCUCAGGUUUUUUAUUUUGGCGAAUGAUUCUACAUAUAAAUAUAAGGAAAUAAAGUUAUCCAAUUCCGACGAGUCCCUAGAUACUCUGUACUAUGUUAAUGGUGCUUCAACUGGAAAAGAUAAAGUUUACGUAUAUUUUUAUUCCAAGGACCCUAGACCACUUUUAGCAUGUUACAAUGGUAUAGCUUAUAGACCAAAAAGUUCUAAAGAUUAUGAUAAAGAAUGGGUUAGAGUAAAUAAGAUUACUAAAUGCCCAAGUGACGAAGUUUCCCAUAGUUCAGAACUAUUGAAAACGCUUUCCGAUAUAGCCAAAACAUUAAAUGUAGUAUUAUUAGAUAAAAGACCCAGCGUCCUCAAACCAGAAAAUGAAAAACCUGAUUCUCCAGGAAUCGACAAUACUAAAUAUUCUGUUCAGAAAUUUAAAAAUAAAGAUAUUGAUGUAAAAGUUACGUACAGAAAUAAAAAGUGCUACAGGGUGUACAACCAUGAACCUAAUGGUUCAGAUGGUCGAGGUGAUGGUUACAGAUUAGGAGAAAUAAAAUACGGGUCAGACACUGGAGAGGCAAAAUUAUUGAAUUACACAACCCACAAACCGUUAUCAAUGGUAUCUACCUAUUAUAGCUUAUACGAUAAGGACCAUAAACAUCCAUUUUUAGUAGUACUCAAGUUUAAAAACGGUAAAAACACGGAAGAGUAUUACAAACUCAAGGGGAAAGAUGUUAAAGAGUGGGUUAAAAUGGAUGAAGGUGGUUCUGACAAAGAUAUAAUUAAUCAAUUAAAAAAAGAAGAUACUUUUGAGGAUGGUUUAUAUAGUUUAAGAACUCGGAUUGGAAUUGAUUUUGAAAAUACAGAAAAUAUCACACCAUUAUUUAAGGCAGACAAAUGUGAAGAGGGGAGCAUUGAUUGGGUGGCCAUUGGAGCAGGUAGCGGAGGAGGGAUAGUUGGAGUUGGAACAAUUGUCACUAUUGGUGUUGUAGUAGUCAAAAAGUUGGCAGCUGCUGCCGGGCCAGGAUCAGCAUUGGAAUUUGCCUUGAAGCUCGUAGAGUUACUUUGCGGAACGGAGAUCAAGGACAGCCUGGGCAAAGCAAUGCUUCUACACCCAUCGAUUGAAUCUACAGCAGUAAUGAUGGAAUCAUCAGGUAUAUUAACAACAGAAUUUAGGCGGACUAGAAGACUGAGUAGUCUACUGAAAAUUGAGAUUAACACGGAAGAAAAGGGCACAAAGUAUUUGUGA